UCAUGGCUCUCUGUUUCUCUCUUUGCAUGAAAACUUUCCCUUUGCUCUCCCCUAAAAUUUCGUUUCCUUUUCCUCUAACACCCCCUUACAGAAAGGGCGCACCUUUCCACGGAAAACUCGAACCAAAAGCUCUUAGAGAAUGGCAAGAAUACGAGGAAGCCGUGAAGCGCAAGGACCUGGCCAGAGCUCUCAGGUUCUUAAAAUCUGUUGAAGAGAAAAAAGCAAACAAUAAUCCAGUUGAACUCUCAAAUAGUCCUUCAUUGACGAAGUCGAAGCAGCCUCGGGUCCCCGAGUUUGGGUUAGUUGAUGGGUCAGAGAGAGACUGGGAGGUCCUGGACACGUGUCUCAAUGCUGAUGAUUUGAGGCUUGUGGCUAGUGCUUAUACAUUUCUGAAGAGCAGAGGGUUCUUGCCUAAUUUUGGAAAGUACAGCAGCAUUGUUAUGGAGGGAACUAGAGAUGUUACUCCAACCGUACUGAAAUCUUCAACUGGCUUAGAAGUAACUAAGCUUUCUCCAAAGAAGUGGGGUGUUUCUGGAAGCUCAAGUGUUGUAUUGGUUGCAUUUCUGGGUGGAACAUCGUUUCUUCUUUCUCGAGGGAUUGAUAUCAGACCCAAUCUUGCAGUCAUUCUUGCACUUGCCUUUAUGGACUCUAUCUUCCUUGGUGGUGUCUGUUUAGCUCAAAUCUCGAGUUAUUGGCCCCCAUAUAAGCGACGGAUUCUGGUUCAUGAAGCAGGGCAUCUUCUAGUAGCAUACCUUAUGGGUUGCCCAAUUCGUGGGGUGAUUUUAGACCCAAUUGUCGCAAUGCAAAUGGGCAUUGAAGGGCAGGCUGGAACUCAGUUUUGGGAUGAAAAAAUGAAUGAAGAGCUUGCUGAAGGACAACUCAGUGGCACUGCCUUUGACAGGUACUGCAUGGUGCUCUUUGCCGGUAUUGCAGCUGAAGCUCUUGUUUAUGGUGAGGCUGAGGGUGGAGAGAAUGAUGAAAAUUUGUUUAGAAGCAUCUGUCUUCUUUUGAGACCUCCAUUAUCUGUAGCGCAGAUGUCUAAUCAAGCGAGAUGGUCAGUUCUACAGUCAUACAAUCUGCUUAAAUGGCAUAGACAUGCUCAUCUGGCUGCUGUUAAAGCUCUGGAAAGUGGCAGCAGUCUUAGUGUUGUUAUUAAAAGCAUUGAGAUAGCCAUGACCUCCAAAAUAUGAACCGCAGAAGUUACAAGGAUGCAGGUUUCUUGGUUCUGAUUUGUUAGGGGGUAGAGUUUUUCGUUUGGUUGGUGUUGAUCCUGAUACUACUUCUGAAAAUUUUUGAAGGUUCGAAUAUGGAAUUUAUGUAUCUAAUAUGUGACCAUCUCAAGCUGUUGAUGCACUUGCAGAAAGUAAUCUUGUUCAAGAACAUGAACAAGUACAAAAGAUUCUCUUCUUCCUGCCUUCAUGCACGCACUUUGUUGUGAGAAUCAAUGGUGGAAGAACUGGUUCCUCUAACGCUAACAAUAAUAUUAGUGACUUACGUGGAGAUGAACUUUUCUGUUGGGCUCUGAAUGAUCAGCCACACUUCCCCACCUCAACUACAACUGUUAGAGUUGCUAAAGAAGUUGAUGUGUUUUCUCUCGAGGAAUGUUAUUAAGCAAGCUUUUAUCUGAGUCUAAGGACCAGUUCCACAGUUACUAGUUCAUGUAGGUUAAGAAGAGUUUGAUCUUGAAAUGUCAUUAGAAGAAGUUUGAAUUUAUGUUCUCUUAUAUAUGAAACAUUUUCUUUUACCACUUAAACUAAUCUUUGAAGGGAUUCUAUAAUUAAGCUUCCCCUUUGUUUCUUGCA